AUGGCGAACCAGGCCGACCGACGUUCAAUGCUCGAGAUACCAUCACGAGCCCGUGGAUCUGUCCGUUCCUCGCAUACAGACGUGUUCAGCGAUGAAUUUGCCCUGGAGCCAUAUGAAGUGACCGAUGGCCAUUACGAAACCCCUACGGAUCGUGAUGAUGGUCAUGACGGCACUUCACUUUUCGUUCCGUCCAGGCGAUCAUCGUAUAGACAACAAUCCUUCGAAUCGCGAACACGGCGAAGCAGAGGGUCACAGCGAAGUGAAACGAGCAGUUCAGUUGCACCUACAGUUGAUGAUCAUGCCUCACGAGUCUCUCAUGGACCUCGCAGUGUCACGUCCGUUUCAGACCUCGGAAGUUUUACUCCAGCACUACAAAGAUCAACAAGGACCACACCGAUGUCUGACUUCUCUCGCGCACAAAGUCCUUAUCGGGGAGCAAUGGGACCUAGCCACCCGUAUGGAAUGUAUCCGCAGGACAUCGGAUUGACACGAACUCCAAGCAUAGCAACAACGUCAACGAUAAGACAACCAGAGAGAUCUUACUCCGGACCUAGUGGACCUACACAACCCUACGGCAUGUACCCGCAAAACACUGUCCCGGAGGAUGAGCAAAUUCCUGUUGCUGGCUUUCCGGGCAUGGAUCAGGAUUAUCAGCGACAUCUUGGACCUGAUCGAGAAGAUGUUGACGACCUUAUAGGCCCGGAUGGCUAUGCAGAGCAACUCCCUCCCUAUACUCGAUUCGCCAACGGCAUACCACCUAAGUACACGUCAGGAAUGGGGAGUGUUAGGAGAAGUGGCGUACCGCCAAAUUACAUUUCCGAAAGCGGGAGUAUCAGGAGAAGCGCUGUGCCAGCUGCACCAGAAGACUCACAGGAGACAUUGCAUAGCACCAGGCACCAUCUGAAUAGCUCAAGAGACAACGCAAGCUCCACAAAUCCUUUCGGUGACAGCUCCACGCAAUUAAAUUCGACUGCUGCUAUUUCCGCCAUUCCAAAAGACGAAGGUGGGAGCUUCAAGGAAAGAGUCCGAGAAAAGAGCAAGAGCAGAGUUCGAGUCUGCUGCGGCGUAAUCCCAUGUUGGCUUUUAUUUGUCAUGUCAGUGGUCGUGAUCCUCGCGGUCAUACUGGGAGGAGGAAUUGGGGGUAUGAUAGCCCAUAAGCACAUCGAAGAAGCCACAAGAUACAAUGAGCCAGAAGCCGCACAUACUGUCACAGCCUCAGCAAGCUCAGCUGCACCGACUGCCACAGUCACGGCGACCAUGAUGCCGAGCCUGCCGGAUGCAGUACCGCUUGCUUCCACCCCAGCCAACCUUCCAGCUCUUCCAACUGGCACCUUUGCUGUUUCUCUGACCAAUUCCGUCUCUAACACGAACUCAUGCCUGACCAACAGUGCUCAAAGCUGUGCUUGGGACUGCGCAACGGGCGCCAAUCUAAGUAUGGUAGUGACCAUGGCAGCCUCGAAUGCUCCAAUAAUAUCUCUAUCAUAUGAGACGCCCUCUGACGGUUACGUGCGUUAUGGCUCCCAGCCUCCGCAACUCAAGCAACCAGCCAACUUGGUGCUCAUGAAAGACAAAGACGACUUCAACAAGGGCCCUGCGUAUGUUUUUCAGCAACAGUACGACAAGGUUGUCAUUGUCCACGAAGGAGAUAUACCCGGUGGAAUACCAAACGCGAAGCGGUCGCUUCUCAAGCGUUGGUUCUCCGACAAAGGACUUGAAAACCACGGAAGCUUGAUAGGACGGCAAGACGAUGAUGAAUGGACGAGUGACUCAAUUGCAAAACCAGUCGACAGGCCUUGGUUCUGUUACUGGAACAAUACGAUCCUUGAAGGUUUCAUCUUCGUUACUCAGGACGCGAGCGCCAGUGCAUCGAAUGCGUCUCCCAGCGCAGCAGCAUCGAGCUCAGGGUCUUCUCAAUUCCCGGGAUCACGGUUCAAACGUCAAAGUCCUACAAGUCCAGCAUCCUAUCCCAAGUCUGUGAAGAUCGAAGAGCGCCGCCCACUAAACCCUAGUCAGCCAUAUUGCAAACAGAUGCAGAUCCUAAAUACCUACCAACCGGGUCCUGUCAUCAAUCCGAGUACGCACCUGGUAAACACCGUUUACCUUUCCGAGACUGAAAGCCAAAGCCUCAUUCAGAAUCAGGCGAUGCAGGGGAUCACUGGUGGUCCACCUCUUUCAGCGCCUGCUGCUUCACCAUCGGGUUUUCCCAAAAGAGGGGAGCCAUGGACAAGAGAUUUACACCUCCGAGUUCUUGUCAGUGCGGAUGGAUGGAUGACUGACUAA